AUGACGAUUGGUGAUAAGUCUAAGUGGACGGCUGCCAACGUUCGUUCCACAUUUUUGGACUAUUUCAAGUCUAAGGGCCAUACUUUUGUUCCAUCUUCACCCGUGAUUCCAUUCGAUGAUCCAACUUUAUUGUUUGCCAAUGCUGGUAUGAAUCAGUAUAAGCCAAUCUUUUUGGGAACAGUUGACCCAUCCAGUGAUUUUUACAAGUUGAAGAGAGCUACGAACUCUCAAAAGUGUAUCAGAGCCGGUGGUAAGCAUAAUGAUUUGGAAGAUGUUGGUAGAGACUCCUACCACCACACUUUCUUUGAAAUGUUGGGUAACUGGUCGUUCGGUGACUAUUUCAAGAAGGAAGCUAUUGAAUACUCUUGGGAAUUGUUGACCAAAGUCUACGGUAUUCCAGGUGAUAGAUUGUACGUCACUUAUUUCGAAGGUGACGAAAAAUUGGGUUUGGAACCAGACUUCGAAGCUCGUGAUUUGUGGAAAUCCGUUGGCGUCAAGGAUGAUCAUAUCUUGCCAGGUAAUGCCAAGGAUAACUUUUGGGAAAUGGGUGAACAAGGUCCAUGUGGUCCUUGUUCUGAAGUUCAUUAUGACAGAAUUGGUGGUAGAAACGCUGCUCAUCUUGUUAAUCAAGACGAUCCAGAUGUGUUGGAAAUUUGGAAUAACGUUUUUAUUCAAUUCAACAGAGAACAAGAUCGUUCUCUAAGAGCUCUACCGGCUAAACAUGUCGAUACUGGUAUGGGUUUCGAAAGAUUGGUGUCCGUUUUGCACGAUGUUAGAUCUAAUUACGACACCGACGUUUUCGAACCUUUGUUCAACCGUAUCCAAGAAAUCACUGGGGUCAGAUCAUACACUGGUAAAUUUGGUGCUGAGGAUACGGAUGGUAUUGACACCGCUUACAGAGUCUUGGCUGAUCAUGUUCGUACGUUAACUUUCGCCUUGGCUGAUGGUGGUGUUCCUAACAACGAAGGUAGAGGUUACGUUUUGAGAAGAAUUUUGAGACGUGGUGCACGUUACGCUAGAAAGUACAUGAACUACCCUAUAGGAAACUUUUUUUCACAAUUGUCUGUCACUUUAAUCGAACAAGUUAAGGAUAUGUUCCCAGAAGUCGCUAGAGACCCAUCUUAUUUGUUCGAAAUUUUGGACGAAGAAGAAGCUUCUUUCGCAAAAACUUUAGACCGUGGUGAAAAAUUGUUUGAAAAGUAUGCUGAAGAUGCUUUGAAGAAAGCAGACAAGACUUUGGAUGGUAAACAAGUCUGGAGACUAUACGAUACUUAUGGUUUCCCUGUCGAUUUGACUGAAUUGAUGGCUGAAGAACAGGGCUUAAAGAUCGAUACAAUCGGUUUUGAGAAAGCUAAACAGGAAUCAUACGAGGCUUCUAAGAAAGGUGGUAAGAAGGGUGCAUCUGAUUUGAUCAGAUUAAACGUUCAUGAAUUGUCUCAACUUAACGGUGAUAAUGUCGCUAAGACUGAUGAUUCAUCUAAGUAUGGGACCGAAAACGUUGAAGCCACUAUUUUGAGAAUAUAUGAUGGUGAGAAAUUCGUUGACUCUAUGACCGAAAUUGGUAAGCAAUAUGGUGUUAUUCUAGACAAAACUUGUUUUUAUGCCGAACAAGGUGGUCAAGAGUUCGAUACAGGUAAGUUGGUUAUCGAUGGUGAAGCAGAAUUCAACGUCGACAAUGUUCAAGCCUACAACGGUUAUGUUUUCCAUACCGGUUCUCUUGGUGACGGUAAACUAUCUAUUGGUGACAGUAUAAUUGCUUCUUACGAAGAGCUACGUCGUCAUCCCCUAAGAAAUAAUCACACUGGUACACAUAUCUUGAACUUUGCUCUGAAAGAAGUGUUGGGUAAUGAUGUCGAUCAAAAGGGUUCCUUAGUUGCACCGGAAAAGUUGAGAUUCGAUUUCUCGCACAAGAGAGCCUUAUCUUAUGAGGAAUUAGUGGAGGUUGAAAAACUCUCCAAUGAAAAGAUCAGGGACAACUUAACUGUGUAUUACAAGGAAGUUGCCUUAGAUUUGGCUAAGACUAUCUCUUCUGUCCGUGCUGUCUUCGGUGAAACUUACCCGGAUCCAGUUCGUGUUGUUUCUAUUGGUAAGGCCGUUGAAGAAGUCCUAGAGAACCCAACUAGUGAAGAAUGGCAAAAGUACUCCAUUGAAUUCUGUGGUGGUACCCAUGUUGCUAAGACUAGUGACAUCAAAGAAUUCGUCAUUGUUGAAGAAAGUGGUAUUGCCAAAGGUAUCAGAAGAAUUGUUGCGGUUUCUGGACCUGAAGCCUAUGAAGUACAAAGAAUUGCUACUGAAUUUGAUGGCGAAUUAACUGCAGUUGAAAAACUGCCUUUCUCCCCUUUAAAGGCCCAAAAGCUAAAGGAGCUAGGUGUCAGACUAGGCCAACUAACUAUUUCCGUUAUCACCAAAACUGACUUGAAGGAUAAAUUCAACAAAAUUGAAAAGGAAGUUAAAGAUGAACUGAAAUCUAGAGCUAAGAAGGAAAUUAAACAAACUCUGGACGACGUCAAACAUCACUUUGAUGCUAACAAAGAGUCUUCUUUCUACGUCAAGCAUAUUGACAUUCCAACUAAUGCUAAGGCCAUCACUGAAGCUAUCAAUCACAUUAAAACAAACUCGAAGGACAAGUCUAUCUACUUAUUCACUUGUAAUGAACCAGACGGAAAGGUUGCUCACGGAUGCUACAUAUCUGACGCAGCAAUUGCUCAAGGUGUUGAUGGUUCUAGUUUAGCCAAAACAGUAUCCUCUAGCAUCGGUGGUAAAGCUGGUGGUAAGGGAAAUGUCUUCCAAGGUAUGGGUGACAAACCAAACGGUAUUGACUCCGCUGUUGCGGAAGUUGAAGCCUUGCUAAAAGAGAGACUGACUAUCUAA